UUUACUUGAUUUUGCCGUCCUCGCCGCCCGCCACUCUUUUAUCUCCCGUCACCGACCGCUUCGUAGCCGUGCGAUUCAGCCAAAAUCGCGACCCCGUUGACCGUGCGGUCUCCUCUCGUCGGCCAAUCCGGUGCCCGCCAACGCUCGGCUUAUUUCGCUUUGGAAACUCGUCCGCGGUUUGCCGCUCCUAUUCCCCGUUCUCAGCAGCCCGAACUUGAAUCGAAACGCGACGUUCUCGUCCAAGAACCCUAAUCCUCGAUCUCUGAAAGAAAAAGAAGUAGUGGGUUCUUUCGUAGGAGUCGUUUCGUUGUUGUUGAAACUUCAAAGACGGAUUUUUUUGGGCUGGAGACGAUGGUCAUUGGGAAUCUUCUUGACAUUCAUCCCAGGGAACUGAAAUUCACUUUUGAAUUGAGGAGGCAAGCUUCGUGCUCUAUGCAACUUAGUAACAAGACGGACAAAUACGUAGCUUUCAAGGUGAAGACGACCAAUCCAAAGAAGUACUGCGUUCGUCCGAACUCUGGCGUUGUCCCGCCCAGAGCGACAUGUGGUUUCACUGUCACAAUGCAGGCCCCAAAGGAGGCACCUCCUGAUAUGCAAUGCAGGGACAAAUUCCUUAUUCAGAGUAUUGUUGCCCCAUAUGGUGCAACUGUGAAAGAGAUAACACCAGAAAUGUUUAAUAAGGAGUAUGGGAAGACUUUGGAGGAAUUCAAAUUGCGAGUUGUCUAUAUUCCUGCAAAUCCUCCCUCUCCUAUCCCUGAAGAAUCUGAAGAAGGAUCUUCUCCAACAGCAUCUCCUCUUGAGGAUGGAAACAAGACCACCUCAUUAUUUGAUGUUGUAACAAGAUCUUUGGAAACACCUAAGAAGUCUUUAGAGACAUGGUCUAUGAUUUCAAAGCUGACUGAGGAGAAAGCUUUAGCCUUGCAACAGAGGCAGAAGUUAUCUCAGGAACUGGAUUUGCUGAGAAAAGAAGUUAGGGAGACUCGUUUGAACAGCUACUUCUUAUUGCUCUCUGCAUUGGUUGGUUUACUGGGCAUCCUGGUCGGCUACUCCAUAAAAUAGGAGCUACAUCUGAAGGAUCACUCUGCUAUUUAGGCGCAGGUUUCAUUGUUUGAGAGCUUGCUUGACCUUCACAGUUUUUACAACUUAGCAUGUACAUUUGUAGGACUUUAAGGUGAUGAAGUAUAAAAUGAUUUUUAUGUUUAUCAGAGUUGGACGUUCAAGAUUUCAGGGAUCAACUUUUUGUGAACAAAAAAGUCAAUCAUACAAACAGACCUCUUUGGACCGCUUC